UUUUUAAAUUCUGUGAUGUCAAUGUCAAAGCAAUAAAUCAUAAUAAAAAGGACAAUAUUAUUAAAGGAUUAAGGUAAUUACAUUGUUAACGAAACGUUUCAUAGGAAGUACGAAGUAUUAUUAGAUUAUCUUCAGUGAUUCUUACGAACGAAAUGAGUUUGUUGUCAAGGCCAGAAAUAAAUCUACGUAGAUUAUUAACUAAAUGUGAGGUACUAACUAAGAUCAAUAAAAAUGAUGAAAAAUUUCCCAAAUAUAUUAGUUCUUUAGAAGAAAUGUUAUUAGAGGUGAAGAAACUAAUAGAACCUUCCAACAAUGCUAUAAAAAAUUAUCAGAUUAGAAUAAAUGCCUUGAAGAGUGAAUUAGGAAUAACUAUUGAUGAAACAGAAAAUUAUCAAAGUAUGAGGGAGGAUCUACUGAAUCUUCGACAUCGUAAUGUUAAUAAAUCAGUUGAAAGCGAUGAUUUGGAUCAGUUAAUAAAUUAUAAUGAGAAUAUUCAACAGAAAGUAGCCGAUAAUUUACUUGUUUUAACAAAAAAUUUGAAAGAACAAUCCCAGUUAGCAAAUAAAAUAAUUAAAAAAGACACUGAAGUUCUGGCAAGAUCUUCUGUAUUAACAGAUCAAAACAAGGCCAAACUAGAAGUAGAAUCAUCAAAACUAGAAGAGCAUUCUAAAAGAGCUUGGAAAUGCUGGAUGUGGGUUAUGCUCUUUAUGGUAAUGGUAGUUUUUUUCACAAUGGUGAUGUUUAUAAAGGUGACAAAAAAGAAAUAUUGAGAAUCGGUAAAUAAAAAAGAUUUGAACUGUGAAUUUAUAUGGAAAUACUUUUCAUAAAUAUAGUAUUAAUGGAUAUGCAUUUCA